CUCUCUCGUGUCGAGCUUUCUCUGCUGUUUAACCGGAGCUCGGAUUUCCCGAUUUAGGGUUUUCGCCGGUCCGAUUUGGAACCUCCAUUUUUGAUUCUUCUUCAAGCUCUGUUUCUGCGAAGGUUGAUUCUUGAUUGUUGGACACUGUUGUGGUGUUUGGCUUUGGGCUCUGGUUCGUUCGCGUGCGGCUCUGGCAUUUUAGAGAGAGGGCGAAAGCGAAAGCGAAGUUUUUUUAGAGAGAGAGAGAGAGAGGAUGGAGAUGGAGGAGGAUAUGGAGGUGGAGCCGGUGUUCGAAGCUCACGAGAUCGACCUUGAGUACGAGUUCGAAGCCGCGAGGUACUUCGAUUUCACGCGGGAGGAGACUCCGGUGGAGGCUCGGGAAGCGGAGAAUUGGUUCGAGUCGGCGAAUAGCUAUCCGCCUUCUCCUUUUGCGACGAAGUUGGUUCUAGGAGAGGACAUUCUCCUGGAAAAUGUGAACAUUUCUCCGAAAGCGGAGAGAGAAAAUCAGAGUUCUACGCUUUACGGUGGUGGUCAUGUUGGUGGGGGCCAAGACUUUUGUUCAAAGGAUGUAAAUAAUAGAGAUUGUGAAGCAAUGGAAAGAGGGAUCUUUGGCAAUUUACAGAAAGUUCUGAAUCAACCACAUGGAGCAUCUUCAGGAUUAUACAAUUACUUAUUCAAUUACAAACCAAAAGGUAAAACUAACCCUUCUACCAAGAAGUCUCUUCCAAGGAGCUCAACUUUAUUGAAGCCAACAGCAAGUCAGCUGGCUAAGCAAAAUCGACCCCCUCAAGUUGGCAGUUCCAGAUUUCAGAUGCCACUGGUUCACAAUUCUGAGAAGAGCUUGUGUAGUCUUUCUGGACCGGAAAGCCAGGCUCCCAAGAGGCAAAAGCUAGAGGCUGGUCACUUACGUAAGGUCACCGAUGAAAAGCAGCAAACUAAUUUUGUCCACAAGAUCGCUAAAAAGGAUGACACUGUGUUAUCUGAAACUGUUGAUAAAGUCUCUGCACAUGCCAAGUUGAAGCUUACUAUACCGAGAGAGCCUGAACUUAAAACAGCACAUCGAGCAGAAAGAAUGAGGCCUAGGAGUGUUACAGAAGUGGAGCAAGUGACGACAGCUGUUCGUAGAUUCAAAGCAAGACCAUUAAAUAGAAAAAUUUUCAAAGCCCCUUCAUUGCCACUACCAAAAAGGAGUACUCCAAAAUUGCCAGAAUUUCAAGUGUUUCACCUGAAGACAAUGGAAAGGGCCAUGCAAAAUGUGUCUACCGCUUCAUUCUCUAAUACUUGCAACGACACUGACAAGGGGCAGGACAAACCCAGUACUUCUAAUAUGGUAGAAAAUGCAAAUAAGGAAUCCAGAAGGCCAAUUACCUUAGAAGCUCUAAAGCAAGAUGGAGCUGUAAUGCACAAAUUCAAAGCUCUUCCUCUUAAUAAGAAGAUAUUUUCUAGUAAAGGAGACAUUGGCGUUUUCCGGAAUAGCAAGCGAGAACCCACAAUACCAAUGGAAUUUAAUUUCCAAACCGAGAGAAGAAUUCAGCAUAACCCACCAACAGAUCUUUUCAGUAAGCUUUCUCUGACAUCUGAACUCCAGCCAAACAACAGGUCUCACCCGAAAUGGCAUCAGUCCAAUUCUUCAUCUGCAAAGGGUUCAAAAGAAAAUAAAUUGGAUUCUUUCCAGCCAGAAAAUAAGGUAACAGACCCCAUGAUCGAUAAAACUUCAAUAUUUGGUCGAAAGCAGACCCCAUGUGGGAGUGAUGGGGGCAUCUCUGAAAUUAGUAACAGAUUGCAUACAAGGAGGAUGGGUAUCCUUUGAGAGUAAAAGCCGACAAGAUUCUUAAACUGGCUUCUGCAUAGGCAACAUAAUCAGGUUUUCGUAUGUUCUGCUGGAGGCAAAGGUUAAAAUAGAUGCAUCAUGAAUGAUUGCGCAGAACAACUCAAUCCAAGUCCAUCCGGCCGUUUUUUUGUAUAUGGAAAUUGAUCGAAGUCCACAUAAUCUUACCAUUGGGAUUAACCCCAUACAUGUGGUGCUAAACUUAGUACUGAAUACAUAUCCUUCAAAAGUUGUAGCUUUCUGUUCAAAUCAAUAAUAUGCUCAAAAGCCUUUGUUGUACAGCAAUUAUGA